UUGAUAUACCGAUAACUGCUGGAAAAUAAUUUGUAUUUUUUUUUGUUUGAAAAAUAAAUUUGAAAAUCUUGACUUUUAUCCUCUCUGUGUUGUUGAUGUUGGCAAAUUUGAUUUGCUUGGUGAAAAGUUCAAAGAAUAAGCAAACAUUUGAAAAUUUUACCUUAAAUUCGACUGUUAUCAUGGAGAAAUCAAAUUGAAACUAACAAAAAUGAAUAUACUCAAUCUGGAAAUAAAUUUGUGGAAAAAAUUGAUGAAAAAUAAAUACUAUCGUUUCAUACACAAUCAUAUCAAUAAUCUAUAUCAUUAUGAUGAAAUAAUACGAAAACAAUACCAUCCACUAUCAACGGAAAAUUAUAAUGAAAGUGAACAAAUCGAGAAAUCAAACGAAAUGAUUCGUCGUCCAUUCUGGAAUGCAAUUGUACCCGGUCUGAUCAGCUGUUUAUACUCUUUCGUUCUAAUUGCCUAUCUUAUUUGGCCAGAUAUUGUUUAUGUGCAUCCAUUUUUUCUUAUUGUAACGUAUAUGUACCCAGCUAAUAUUCGAAUAUAUUGUUCAACAAUGAGUUUAAUAUGGGCAGUAAACUAUAUAUUUCAAGUAUUCUAUGGUCUUUCAACAGAUUUGCGACAUUAUCAAUUUUUGCAUGUAUUACAUUUGAAUAAAUCGAAUGGACUUGGUUUAGAUCAGGAAAAUCUACGACGUUUACGAUUAUUUCGUGAUCGUGUGUUUUCAAUAGAACGAAUAACAUGUAGUUUAAUUGCAUUUUCAGCAUGGAUUGCCGUUUCAUUUGGCGUCAUACAACAACGUCUUUGGGAACAUUCAAUAAUAUGGCUAUUUUUUUGGGGUGCAAUUUUUAUGCCGUGGUGUUUGUAUGCAUGUUCAGGCUCAUAUCAAUUUCCGACCUUCAUUUUAACGGUCAAUCAUUAUUUGAUUUUAAAACAAAAAUUUUUACAGCGAAAAAUGCAUAGAUUUUACUUGCGAUUGAUACGAGGAAAUCGAAAAUUAUUUCAAAUACGUUAUUUUGAAUUCGUCAAAUUGAAUAAGGCAUUUGUUGAGCUACAAAAAGAAAUUGUUUUCAACAGCAUACAAUUGGUCCGAUUUUUAUCCAUAUUGUUUAUCAGUUUUUCCGUUGCUUUAACCUAUUUAGAAUGUGUACUAUUUUUGGCUUGGAUGCCCAUUCUAUACGUAAAUGCAUAUCUUAUCAUCUAUGUUGCCCAUCUAAUUUCAUUAUCAGCAUUAAUACAAUAUGGUUCAAAAAUUGAAUAUCUAAAUAGAAAUUUUCUCCGUUUAAAUCGAAAAUGUCUUUGUAAUGAACAUCAUUUUUUCAAUAAUAAAUAUUUGCUUAAGCAAGAAUCGGUUACGAGUACAAUGCUGGAAUGUCCCGUUGGUAUGAUGUUAUUGGAUGGUAGUGUCAUUACAGGAAGAACUCAAUUCGCUUUGAUGAUCAAUAUAAGCACCUUUUUCUAUCUGAUUUGUCGUCGUAUUGCCUAAACAUUAGGUUAAUUUUUUUCUAUAAAUGCAAUAUUGGUUUCGUUGUUCAUUCAUUCACUAUACAAAUUUGUUUGGUUGAAAUUUGAAAUAUAAAAAUAUGCAGAAUAUUUAUCGUUAUCCCUUUCUAGCUUUGAAUUCUUGAUUAUAACUUGUAGUUAUGUAAUAGUACUGUAUUAGA